UUCCACUCCAAAGUGUUCCAAUCAUGUUGGGCGGGCAGAACAAUGUUGACGGGGGACAAACACUGAACAAAAAUCAACAGCAACAAACCAUAAGAGAAUUUGGUACUGUGGAAAAUCAUCAAACAUUCUACAAUGACACCAUUCAGAAAAUUUGGGAAGGCAGUCAGAGUUUAUUGGAGACGGACUACCUGGACUAUAACCACAAAACCGGACUGUUGCGUCAAAGGCUGGGUAACACCAAGGGUAUCUUUGAGAACAUGGCUCUACCUGACACUUACCUUCAUGACUACUUUUCACAGAAAGCAGUUCUUGCAGAGGCAGUGAAGGAUGAUUUGUUGGAUUUUAAUUAUGAAGGUCAAGGCUCCCCUGCUGGUUCAGUGGGAUGCUGCAGCCUCCUGGAGUCUGACAAUGACCUACAGUUCUUAAACGAUUUGGGGACAAAGUUCAAGAUUCUGGCCGACAUCUGUUUGCCUCCAACGCCUAAAUCAACAACGACAUUCAAAGAAGUUCUUCCAUCUGAGCCAGUUUUUAAGUCCCAAACUAAGCACACGGUUGACAUGAAAAAUAUGAAUACAAGAGUAGAAAAUGAGGUAACCACUGUUGACACCCCCAAACUGCCUCCGACGCAACACUCCUCCACGACACUUUCUCAGACUAACGUAACUAACUUCAGUCAUUCUGCUAACAUUAACCAUUCUGCUAAUAUUAACCAUUCCUCUAACGUUCAUCACUCUUCUACUUUGCCGUCUAUGCCAAUCCAGACUGUUGUCCUACAGCAACAGCCCAUGUACUAUACAACCAACUCUGUCCUACAGCCGGUGCAAUAUGUGGUGAACCCCCAGCUGCAGUCCACGGUUCUUCUAGCAGAUGGGACCCCUGGGUCAAAUUACCAGGGUCUGUAUGUAGUCAGUGGAGCCCACAGUCCUCCUGGAAUUAAUCUACCCAAAAAGUCAUCCUCUGGUCUACUCUCCAAAGGAGUCGAGAGUCCUCAAAGCCCUGGUAGCCCUACCAAUGUAGGCAGCCCUAAGCAGUUAGUACCAGGAGGUCCCAGUGUGGAUGGCUGGAAGGUAGUGGGGCCAAAUCCAGACGGUAAUUAUACAAUAGUAAAACAGAAGAAAAAGAAGCGUUCAGCCUCUUUUAAGGGUUCUUCACCCAAAGAUGCUGUACUGGUCAAAGAGGCCGCUUCCCCUCAGGGGACAUUAGUUACAGCGGCCUUGGGAAGUGUGAGUGGCAUUCUGCCACGUCACACUGUGGUUCAAGACGGGAAUGUUAUUACUUUAAAUCAAACUGGGCAAACGUGGGUUGGACUGCCGGAGCCAAUGGGAUUAGGACCAAUGACUGCUUUAGGAGUUGGUGUUGAGCAACAAAGUGUGGCUAGUGUUGGGACAGUUGGUGUGAAUCAGUUUCAUAAAGUUUCUUUAGAAAAAAGAGAAAUCAGGGCUGUUGAAAGUACAUCUAUACCUCAUUAUCAAGGAACAGGCAAAACAGUCAAGGUUAGAGAACUGAAGAUUUAAUCUCCAGAGAGUGUCCCAUGUGAGAAUCAGAAACAUCUCAAGGGUUAAAGGUUUGAGAAGCUGAUUCAUGACAGGAAAUUAUUAAAAGUACCAUUCCAAAGGUAUCAAGUGACGGAGCAGGCGUCCAUUGAUUGAUGAGCAACUAUGAUGCAGAUAUUGUGUUGUUGAUGCUAAAUUAGAAGGAGAGUGGUGUUCAGAACGUCACAUAGUCAUAAUGUUAAGUCAAUGUUUGGGUACUUAGGUACAACUGUGUGUCAUCUGCGUAAAGUUGUAUUUGUGUACUGUGGUGGUGGACAAAUGAUAUAUUAAUACUUGACUUAGAUGAUUGAGAUUGUUAUUAUUUGAUCGAACAAAUCAGAAAAACAUCUGGUUCAAAAUGUGGAGAGAAAAUGAAGCUGUUUGAUGUAAACUCUCACACGAAUCAGGUUUGUCACUGUUUCCUUCCUCUAAGUUGAUUAGGAUAAGUCAAACCUGACAUCACAGGUUGAUGGAACUCAGGAUUAGAUGGAUGACAGACACCACUCUGUUUGAAUGAAAACUUUGUUGGUCAGGCUCUAAAGCAGUCUGUUUGAAUACUUGCUAAACCUACUCUUGGUGUUACCACAUAGUAGCUGCAACACUUUGCCUUUACUGCCCCUCAAUAACCUCAGGCUUUACUACAUUUUCCUAGCAGAAACCAGCAGCUGCAUCUUCACCGAGGCAACUGUUUCUACUGAAAUUUCUGGCUUUUUUUAUUUUAUUUUUUUUGCAUUAACUUGUUCUGAAAAUUGAGUAUUGUCAGAUUUAUGAGGAUUCCUUUUUGUGAUUGCAUGGGGGAGGUGAGGGGUGAGGAUAUGGGAUUAUAUUACCUAUCACAUAGUACCAGUGAUUACAGUCCCAUUACUUGGUUAACGUGAAUAAAUGUGUCAUUGUACAUUGAUUAAAGUGUGUUGUAAGAUUUUUUUAUAUUGGUUUUCACAUUUUGUUCAUAUUUACCUCCAACAUGUGGGCAGAACACCAAUUUAUUGGCACACAUUGGUACAAACUUGGCACUGGAUGGAGGUCAUUGGUUUACAUGUGGCGCUGGAAGGCAAAAAAAAAAAAACUGCAGACGACAACAACACACAGGGUCUACUGUAAGGAUUCACCAUUGACAUGGCAGGAAGCAGGUGGGACCCAAAUGCAGUACUGGAGAGACCCUUUCUAGUGCAGGUAGUUUAUUUGAAAGUGCAAGGCCAAAACAACAAAAACUCACUUCUUCACAAAACCAGGAACAAGGCAUAAACCAGACAAGGAACGAACUACUAAGUACAAACUAAGAACUCGAAGCACACACUAAGCUGAGCACAGGAACAGCUACAAUGAUCCAGGACAGAGCGAGAGAGAGGUAUAUAUACAAAGGGCACCAGGUGAUACGAGUGAGACUAAUCACAGAGACACAGGUGAGUGUGAUCACACUGAUUACCCCACACAACAGAUAGACCUGACAGUCUACGUCCAAACAAUUGGAGCUUAAAUAAAUAUUCAGUUAAUGUGCAACAUUUACAAACAACUUUCUGAUUUCUUAAUGCACAUUUAUACACUCAUCCAGCUCUUGAUGUCAUUGGAGUUUCAAUUUACAUUGAAAUGAAAAUAUAUUGUUUUAUGGCUUUAGUUUUGAACCAACAACUGUCAAAAAAUCAACAUGUUCUAAAUUGUAUCGUAUUUCUUCUUGAGCCUGCUGUCACAUGUGAUUGUCACAUCUGCCUUGUUAUUAUUCUUCUGAUGCUGCUGCGGUUGAAUUCAACUUCAACAGUGUCAGGUUGGUUAAUCACUGCCUUAUCAGACCCAGUCAGGGAGUUCCGACAGAGACAGAUUGGAAUACAUGAAAAUUGAUUCACAAAGAGACAGUUCAUUGGCCGGUCAUAACAUCUGAAUCUUUACAUCUUAAACCAGUCAUGGAAACACAUCUCCAUGAGAUCUUUGUUGAUAGUGUGGACCAGAUGUGUGUCUUAAAGAAGCCUGAAUGCUGAGAAUGACUGAACCCUUUCGUUCUCAUGUCACCAGGCAUUUGCUCUGUUUUGCCUCGAGGGCUUUUCUGUGCAGCUGUCAUGCCACCACCUACAUUUCACUUAAUUAAAUCACCUUGGCAUGAAGAGCAGUGACAAGCUUGCUGUCUCCCAGCCCCAUCAAUAGAAAGCUGCGCCUUUGAUGUGCAGCACCGUUGACGGGAGGCCACCUUCUGUAAAUGUGUCUUUUAGUAUACCUUAAAGUAUACAGAAGAACCCACAGGCAACGGAUCACUUCUGAACCUAGGGUGUGAUAGGAACCAUUGAUUAGGCACUCAGCAUUUUUCAAAGAUGUCAAGGAACCCAUAACUACAGCAGUGUUUUGUGGAAUUACUUCUAGUAAUGGUAAAAAAAAAAAUAAAAAAAAAAGUUCAUUGGAAAUUUGUAUAAUGAAUGAUCUUGUAGUUUCAACUUGCUCAAAAUUCAGUCAGUUCUGUGUGGAACUUGGGCCUGUUUAGUUGAACAAAACUCUUAUACACUAGAAAAACAUACUGGAUCACUUCAUUAUUUUUCAGUGUUUUGCUUGUCAAAGUAUUAACAGUAAUAAAAAAUAUUUUUCAGACCAAUUAGGGUAAACUCAGUGGUUGGAAGAUCAUUACCUGAAGCAAAGACUUAUUAUCUAUAUUUCUUGCCAGUUUAAAUUCAAUUACAUUUUAUUUAUAGAGCACAUUUCAUAC